AUAAUAUAACCUCACUUCUCACUUUUCACUUCAAUACACAUUAUUCAUUUCUUCAGUUCAGUCACAAUGAGACAUUUUUUGGUUGUGUUUGCAUUGUGCAAUAUUCUAUUACUUGCUAGUACUGCUGAUGCUAGACAUGUUAAGGAUGAUGAUGAUGACAAGCAUUUCAUUCAUCCCCCACAUUUGUUUGGUCAUGGAUUCAGACAUGGAAAAAGGUUUGGUGCUGGUGCUGGUGCUGGUGGAGGUUUAGGCGUUGGAGGUGGAGGUGGCUUUGGUGGAGGUGCUGGUGGUGGUUUUGGUGGUGGAGGUGGCAUUGGUGGGGGUGUAGGAGGAGGUGGAGGAUUUGGUGGUGGUGCUGGUGGGGGGCUUGGUCAUGGUGUUGGUGGUGGCAUUGGUGGAGGAGCAGGUGCUGGUGCUGGUGGUGGUCUAGGAGGUGGAGGUGGACUUGGGGGUGGUGGUGGCAUUGGCGGAGGAGCAGGUGCUGGUGGGGGUUUAGGAGGUGGGUUUGGUCAUGGUGUUGGUGGCGGCAUUGGUGGUGGAGCAGGAGGUGGUCUUGGUCAUGGUGUUGGAGGUGGCAUUGGUGGGGGAGGAGGAUUGGGUCAUGGUAUUGGUGGAGGGGCUGGAGGUGGCGGCGGCAUUGGUGGUGGAGGAGGAUUAGGUCAUGGUAUUGGUGGAGGGGCUGGAGCUGGUGGUGGCAUUGGUGGUGGAGGAGGAUUAGGUCAUGGUGUUGGUGGUGGAAUUGGGGGAGGUGCAGGAGGUGGUGGAGGCAUUGGUGGUGGAGGUGGGUUAGGCCAUGGUAUUGGUGGUGGAAUAGGGGGAGGGGCAGGCGGUGGUGGUGGCAUUGGUGGAGGAGCAGGAGGUGGUGGUGGAAUUGGUGGUGGGGCAGGAGGUGGAGGUGGAUUAGGCCAUGGUAUUGGUGGUGGUAUAGGGGGAGGGGCAGGAGAUGGAGGUGGUAUAGGAGGUGGAGCAGGAGCAGGUGGUGGGGUUGGAGGUGGAGUUGGUGGAGGCGGUGGUGUGGGUGGAGGAGGUGGUUUUGGCGGCGGUGGUGGUAUAGGGGGAGGUGUUGGAGGAGGGUUUGGAGCUGGUGGUGGAUUUGGAAAGGGGGGAGGUGUUGGGGGAGGAGUUGGUGGAGGUGGUGGUUUUGGUGGAGGAGGUGGCUUUGGAGUUGGUGUCGGCGGUGGUAUGAGCUAGUGCUGAUACUACGUCAUUCAUAUAUUAUUUGUUUUAUUUGAACUUCUGCAUAAACCUGUCAAUGCACUUCUCUACUCUUCUCUUCUUUGUUAAUUAGUAGUAUUACUAUUGAGCAUUUUCAUUGGAAACAAGGCUUAUAAUAAUCCUCUGUAAUAAUAGUUUUGGUGUGUGUAAGCUUGCCUAUCUCUUCUGUUUAUGUCAUUCCUUCAAACAUCGAUCUCAUUACUUAGUUUCCUUUUUUGAGAUCACAAAAUUGCUUUGUCAAACAUGGCUUGGCUUAUAUGAAGUUUGUAUUUAUGU